CAAGACAGCAACUCUCUUUCCAAAACAAACGCUUAUUACGCGCCUACUCACUUCCCCUGCCACGUUCUUUCCAUUCCUUCAAAAUAUCCCAAUACCGACACGCCAUCUUCUUUACUUCAUUCCUAAGAAUAACACAGCAUUAUAAACUCAAAAUCUCAACACAAAAACAAAACCCAAAAAAAAUGUCAGCUUCUAAACCAAACUCACUCUACCCACAAGUCGAUCAAUCAAACCCAGAAGCCAUUUCUUCAACCCCCUCAUCUUCAUCAUCUCUGUACCCUUCAAUAGACCCCAAGGACCUCCUCGCACAGAAUCUUUUCCCGGAAGGACAAGAAUUACCAGCCUCGUUAAACCAACACCCGUACGAGGAAGUCCUCAUCAAAAUCCCGGGAUCAAUAGUUCACUUAAUCGAGAGAGACCACAGUGUCGAGUUAGCUUCCGGUGAUCUCACCAUUGUUAGUCUUAAACAGGGUGACAACACAGUCGUAGCCGUUUUUGUUCGUGUCGGAGAUGAUGAUGUUCAGUGGCCUUUAGCGAAAGACGAGGCCUCUGUUAAGCUGGAUGAUUCGCAUUAUUUCUUCACUCUUCGCCUCCCGCGAAACGAGGAGGAAGGAGGGGAGGUGGAGCUGUUGAAUUACGGGGUGACGUUCGCGUCGAAAGGGCAGGGGGGUUUGUUGAGGGAGUUUGAUGAGAUUUUGGAAUGUUAUAGCUGUUUUAGUGUGCAGGAAGUUAAGGGGAAGGGGAACUGGGAGUUGAUUGAUGGGAGUGCGGCGAAAGGGGUGUCGCCGGAAGAGUUGAGGAAUGAGGGGGAGAAGAAGGAGUUGGAGGGGAGUUCCGCGGCGUAUUGGACGGUGUUGGCUCCGAAUGUGGAGGAUUAUAGUAGCUCUGUUGCUAGGAUGAUUGCUGCUGGUUCGGGGCAGUUGAUUAAGGGGAUUUUGUGGGGUGGGGAUGUGACUGUGGAUAGAUUAAAGUGGGGUAAUGAGUUUAUGAAGAAGAGGAUGGGGAGGGAAUCGGAUGCGGCGAUUAGUCCUGCAACUAUGAGGAGAGUUAAAAGGGUAAAGAGAUUGACAAGUAUGACGGAGAAAGUGGCAAUUGGAAUUCUUUCUGGGGUUGUGAAAGUCUCUGGAUUCUUUACAAGUUCAAUUGUGAACUCUAAAGUGGGCAAAACGUUUUUUAGCUUAUUGCCAGGAGAAAUUGUUCUUGCUUCUUUGGAUGGAUUCAACAAGGUGUGUGAUGCUGUUGAGGUUGCUGGAAAAAAUGUCAUGUCAACAUCAUCCAUAGUGACAACAGGGCUUGUCUCGCAAAGGUAUGGAGAACAAGCAGCAAAGGUAACAAACGAAGGGCUAGAUGCUGCAGGACACGCCAUCGGUACUGCUUGGGCAGUUUUCAAGAUAAGAAAGGCUCUUAACCCAAAGGGUGCCUUCAAACCCACAACUCUUGCCAAGGCUGCUGCGCAGGCCGAAAUGAAGGCUAAACUCAAAAAGUAAUUUCAGCUGCUUUCUUGGGUUGAUAUAUGUUAUUUCAUUUUCUGUGUACGUGUAGGAAAUUACUUGUGUAAAGGCUUUAUCUCUUUGGUAGUGUAAUUCAAAAGUCAUUGUAUUAGUUCGUUUACCACAUAACCUGUUGUAAGAUUGAGUGAUGGAUGGUUGGUUAGAAUCUGUAUUCUGUUGCAUUUCUUUGUUCUAAAUCUCAAGCGGAUUGCAUUUCAUGCUUGAGCAUUUACAUGUGGCGCGUGUUAGAAACAAUUUAUGCGACUACCUAUUAUGUUGUAUGGAAA